UCCACAGCCACUCACAACAGAUCGGACGCCAUCGACGUAAGUAAAUAGUGCAACAAGAGUUGAACAACAACAUCGGAGCCUCGUUCGUCGCAUACCAGCGUCAACCACCAAAUUCUCCAACAAAAUUGUGUUUCUUGCAGCUGUCUGUACACAGAGGUCCUCCUACAACAUAGCGGAACAAAGACACAGGCCGGGCUCCCUCUUGUUAGGAGGGGAUGGCGGAGGAGACCUAACGGACCAGCUCUACGGUUCCGGACCCGGGUACGCCCACGGUGCCGCCUACCGUCACGCCCACCACAAGGAAGUUAACAUAAUGCCUGGGUGGAUUGUGUUCGUUCCCAUCACCCUGGUGUACGGGUCCGUGGUCGUCACUUGGAUAAUACGUAAAGUCCUCCGCGUCACGCCUGAACCCGAGCCGCUACCUAACGACACUCAAGAACAAUGCCAAGAAGACCAAAUCAAGCAGAAGACUGAAUAAGUACUGUAGACCACCAGCUGAUGACUAAAGACCGAUACACUGUAUACAUCCAACUUUAGAAUCAAGUGGAAAUGAUUGAAGCCUAACUGCAAGAUGCCUCGUCACUCGGAAAAGUCAUCAUUGCUGGAACGCUUCGAUCUCUCCGUGGAACAGCUUGACUACUCCUUCGUCAGGGACUGUGAGGACUCAAAGACCCUUGAAAGGAUCAUACGUGUCCUGCGAUCAGGAGAGGAGGGAUCCUACCCACACCUCCUCAGGUACACAGAGGAGAAGCUGGCAAUGGUCUACCCACAGAGUCGGGUCCUGGAGACCGCCCAAUCGCCUACCCGCCCACAUGAACUACCACCUCAACAGUUAGCGUCGUUGGAGGCGGACUUGGCAGUCUGGUCAGCCGAGAUCAAAGGACAAGAGGAGGAACUUACUAGAUUUGAAGUCAUCCGGGCGCCUCUCCCCCCCAUCAGAGGUUCAACUAAAACAGUGAGUGAGUUGGUGGGCGGUGUAGGAGCCCGAGUGUCCGUCCCCCGCCUCUCUACCAGUGAUAAGGAGAACCUUCUGGCUCAGGGACGACGACACUAUGCGAAGGGGGACUUCCUGCAGGCGUCGCUACAGUACCAGAAGGUCCUGGCUAGCGACCCCCUCAAUCCCGAGGCUUUACGAGGCAUAGCGGCCAUCCAUGACCAACCUAAGGGCGGGGGAGCUGUGGUCCAGGAGAUCCUAUAGCCCGUUAUCAUUCACUCUUUUCCUGCGUUGAAUCAACCCACCUCGAGCCUUUCCUGACUCUACUGAUAGUAUCUAUCGACCGUGAGGGAUGACACAGCAGGUGUUUCAUGGAGGACUACCUAUUAGCCUUGCUGUGAAAGUGAACACUAUUAGAACACAUCUUAUACAACAGUUAGAAAAUGUUAAAUCUCCCAUUCAUUUAUAUGUAGUACUGUAAGACGUCACCAGUAAGCACAUCUGGUCCCUGUAGUCAGCACAAAUCUACCUGAAGGACAGCAACAAUCACCUCGUCUCUGUGACUUGCACCUCACCCACGAGUGUUAGCAAAUGUUAUCACUGUUCUUACUAAUAUUUACCAUGAUUCAGGUUGGCAAAGAAAACAUUUUACAGCAAAUCUUUGUUGAUGAAUAAAAGCAUAACGCCAAAGGCUGUGGACUACGAGAGAUGAAUAAGUCUGCACUACAAGACGCACGAUAUGUCAAGCAGAGGAAAUCAGAGAAGUGUGUUGUUCUGCUGUACAAUUUAUGGAGUAGAUAGCGUGAGGUCAUAGGGCUAGUGCUGGCAGGGGAACAGAAGGACAAUCAUGAGAAAGUAAAGUCGUACUAUUUUGGUUGCUGUGAGGUACGGUGCAUCAUUCUACCUACAGGGUGUCUUAAAAACUCAUCCCUUAUUUUUAAACUCAUAUUACGAUUUGUGUAACCUAACCCAAUGUUGGAGAAGGAAGUAUAGUCCUUAAAUAGCUUGUAUGAGAAAGGUUGUUUAUAUCUAUCAAGUACUAUAAUAGAUAAUGAGUCACUGUGUAUGUUACAAUCCGUCACCAUAAUUAGUGAAAUAAAUUAAUAGCUAUUU